AAGAGAAGGACCCAUAGCAUCCAGAUAUCCAUGGCUAGGCACGAUGUACGCGAACAACAGGGAAGAGAUGGCAAGACAAGCUAGCACCUCUCUCAGCGCAGCCCAACCAGAUGCUACUAUUACGGGUAGAUAAAGCGUCCUGCCAAAGCAAGAAACAGACCAUCGCGCGGGAUCCAUCUGAUCAGAGAAUUGAUAACGUAUAGGUCUCGGAUAUCAUGAACAUAUGUUAGAAGCAUUGGAGGUCAGGCAACGAGGUGUGAAGGAAUUGCCAUUCACCGUGCGAGGUCAUGAAUUUAGCGCCUAAGGGUUCUUUCCGACCAUCUCAGGCUCCUAACGGUCCUCGUGUGUUGACUCAUAUCGUGCGACGAGAGAUGGUAUUCUGCGACGGCUGUGACCGUUCCUUCUGGAGCGCGCGCACAUUCGAACAGCACCCUCACAAUUCGAACGCGAACCGCCGUGUUUGCAGGCGCCACAACAAGGCUUUCACUUCUGCAUCAGGUCUGAUUCAACAUUACAUUCGGCACCCGUGUCACCAUUAUUGCCAACGAUGCGACGAUCAUUUCGAUUGUCCCAAAGACCUUGACCGUCAUUAUGAAGAGCUCCACUAUUACUGUCAGAUCUGCAACUGGCUCUUUGAUUCCGCUGCCGGGCUAUACGAACACCACCUCCAGAAGCACUGGUAUUGCGCUGACUGCAGGCGCGUCUUCGAGAGCGAGAACAACCUGACAAUCCACUUGCGCUCUGCUGUCCAUCGAGAUGGAUUAGUCUCUUGCCCAGGUGGAAACUGCAACAAGCGGUUCAUGUCCGCCGCCGCCCUCGUCCAACACUGGGAGUCCGGGACUUGCCCCUCGCGCGUCCACCCCGACCUUAUAGGUCGCUUCGCUGUCGUCCAUUUGUAUCGAGCAGACGUCAAUCCCUAUGAUAUUUUGUUUUCCCCCGACACGGUCACUGCCACAGGCUGGGCGACCCAACGCUCCUGCAACGGGCAAUACUACGAAUGCCCGCUAUGCCACGAGGAGUAUAUCACUCUCAGAGCGCUCAACCAGCACCUCGAGGGCCCUGCACACGCAGAGGAGAUCUAUAGAUGUCCUCGCGUUUGGAACGGCUGUGGGAACGAGUUCGGUACGCUCAGUGCGCUCUGCCAGCACAUUGAGAGCAGGCAGUGUGGAGUGCAUAGGUUCAGCAGCGACACGCAGCGUCUCCUCGGCUGGUAUAACGAUGGACACAACAGAGUCACUAUUGUUGGAAGUCCUACGGACUUGUAUGAUCAGUAGGACGCGGGGACAGCGGUUUCAGCGCGCGUUCGCUUCGUAGCUGUGUCGCGCAUGAGCACUUUUGUCAUCUCAGCGCUCAGCACUCGCUUUAUUCCGUCGAGGCUGUCACUCUUUACUUCCGUGUCCUACAGCCCUCGGAAAUUUUCUCCUCGGAAAACAACUCUCUAAUCACUGGCUCGCAGAGCGGCAUCCCGGAGCUUCCCUGUCCUUUAUGCGUAAAGUUCCACUUUCACACAUUGC